CUUUUCUCGCGCUGCUCGCACUGCUCAUGUCCCUCGUACGUUUUUUGAAUUUCCCACUCCAGUCCGUGUCACAUCCGGUUCAGCACCACUGCUUGGCCCCGCUUCUCAAAUUUCCUGCCCACACCUACCCUCUCGUAUUAACCAAGCCAAGUUUGUCUAGUGAUGAAGUAAUAUUUUCGCCGCUUUCGUGCACAUCCCUACAUUCGCGAUCGGAUCGGUGGUCCAGGAAGAAAGAGGACGAGGAGGCGUCGAGAAGCUGAGAUGAGAUAAAUAUGCAAAGAGACGGCUCUGCAAACCAUUUCAAUCUUAUUUUCCCAUUAUUUUGGCGCUGAUUUAAAACAUAGCCUAUACGCAAUUUCAAGAGGAGCGUCUAAUAGAGAGCCGGACAGCUGCACAGAAAACAGCUCUGCAUGUGAUAUCUUCGGAUCAGGUGGCAUCGGCAGCUGAAGAUGCAGCCUGCAAGCAAGCUCCUGAGUCUCACCCUCCUUGUACUGAUGGGCACUGAACUCACCCAAGUGCUGCCUGCUAACCCUGAAGAGUCGUGGCAGGUGUACAGCUCAGCACAAGACAGUGAGGGCAGGUGUGUGUGCACUGUUGUGGCUCCUCAGCAGACCAUGUGUUCACGGGAUGCCAGGACCAAACAACUGAGACAGCUCCUGGAAAAAGUCCAGAAUAUGACUCAGUCCAUCCAGAAUCUUGACCAGAGGACCCAGAAAGACCUGCAGUAUGUGCAAAGAAUGGAGGUGCAGUUGAAAGGCCUGGAAUCUAAGUUCAAACAGGUGGAGGAAAGCCACAAGCAGAAUAUCGCAAAGCAAUACAAGGCCAUAAAAGCGAAAAUGGAGGAACUUAGGCCAAUGAUACCAGUGUUGGAGGAAUACAAGGCCGAUGCAAAAUUGGUAAUGCAGUUUAAAGAGGAGGUCAAGAAUCUGACAUCAGUGCUAAGUGAACUGCAGGAGGAGAUCGGGGCCUUUGACUACGAGGAGCUUCACAACAGGGUGUCUAAUCUUGAGGAGAGGCUUCGUGCAUGCAUGCAAAAAUUAGCUUGUGGGAAGCUGACAGGAAUAAGUGAUGCUAUAACCAUAAAGACAUCUGGAUCAAGAUAUGGAUCCUGGAUGACGGAUCCGCUUGCCCCUGAUGGUGAUACGAGGGUGUGGUACAUGGACGGUUACCACAACAACCGCUUUGUUCGGGAAUACAAGUCCAUGGUCGACUUCAUGUAUUCAGACAACUUCACCUCACAUCGACUUCCUCACCCCUGGUCGGGCACAGGACAGGUGGUCUACAACGGCUCCAUCUACUUCAAUAAGUUCCAAAGCAACACCAUCAUCAAAUUUGACUUUAAGACAGCCACCAUCAGCAAGUCCGGUCAGCUGGAUUACGCCGGCUACAACAACCGUUACCACUAUUCCUGGGGUGGUCACUCCGACAUUGACCUUAUGGUGGACGAAAGUGGGCUUUGGGCUGUGUAUGCCACCAAUCAAAAUGCAGGAAACAUUAUAAUCAGCAAGCUCAACCCAUCAACCCUGCAGGUCAUCAAAAGCUACACCACCAACCACCCAAAGAGGAGCGCAGGAGAGGCCUUCAUGAUCUGCGGGACGCUUUAUGUCACCAAUGGAUACUCGGGAGGGACAAAGGUCUACUUUGCUUUCCAUACCAACUCCUCUACUUAUGAGUAUAUCGACAUCCCCUUACAGAACAAGUAUUCCCAUAUCUCCAUGCUGGAUUAUAACCCUAGGGACAGAGCUCUUUAUGCAUGGAACAACGGACACCAGGUGCUGUAUAACGUCACCUUGUUCCACGUCAUUCGAUCUGAGGAACUCUAAAGUGACAUUCACCAUCCGAUAUACAGUAGCACUGAGGAAAUUUAUUACUGAAAAUUAGAGUAAUGCCUGAUGAUUGUUCAAUAAAAGAAGGCGUAUCAAAAGUAAUAGUUAAUGGCAACAUAAUGAACAGCUGCCAGAAAGCCUUUUUUUAAGCUCUCCUUAGAUGAUUGCUUGAAUUUUCACUGCUAAAAAAAAAAGAUUUUAUUAAUUAGUAUUUUUAUCUUAUUGUCCGUUAAAAAUAUUAAAACAUGAUUAAGCAAAAUUACAUACGAUAAGCUUUUUUUUUUUGUUUUAAGCAUGAAUUGAACAAAGUAGAUUUAUUCUUAAAACAAAACUUAUAUAUAUAUAUACGUAUAUAUAUACUUGUACAGCUUUACAAACAUGAUUCAAUUUACAUAGUAGAGGGCAAAGAAACGUGAUGCAAGAAAGAUGUCAUUAAGUUACCCAGUUAUGUCCUUUGUAUUGAGAGCAAUCAAAACUAUUUAACAUCAACUAAAGAACCGAAGGCACUGACUGUUGGAGGCAAUCUGUUAAAGAACUGCAGUGUGUUGUUGUGACUGUAUGUAGUUUCUAAUCUUCACAAAGAUUUGCAUGAGCAUUUUUUAGCACUACAAUUCACAUGAUUGUAUUUUUUUUUUCUUCCCCCCCCCGCAUUAAUAUGAACCUUAUAUGUGAAAAAGAGAUUAGAUUAGUGAUGGGUUUGCUAUUCUUCCUGCCAUGUUUCAUUUUUGCUGUAUCUUUUGUGUUGUGCUAUCUUUUUUUAAAUUUGUGUUCAUAAAGUGACUUAAAUAGUAGGAUGGAUUGUAAGAAAAAGAAGCCAAGAGAAUAUAUAUAUAUAUAUAUAUAUAUAUAUAUAAAGAAGUUGUCCGCAAAAAGAGGUAUCAAAAGACAAUGUUUAAAAAAAAUGUAUUUACAAGGUAUUACUCUUUGAUUGUAUUUCAAGACAGAUUCAUGUGUUAGCUGUCUUAGUUAGAAGAAAUAGUUGGCGUCAUCUUAAACUGUUAUGCUUGCAUCUGUGUUGUACUUGCAGUGUGAUUCAUAUCAAUAAAGCCAGUCUUUAUUUUACACUUCUUACCUGAAGGAAAUGAAAUCAUGAGCCAGAUAUGUGUAGAUCAAAUUACAGUCUCCAAAAUAAAGAUCUAUAAAUAAAGAAAACAA